AUGCCACUGUUACAAUCCAAGAACGCCACUGGGGGUGAUGCCCCCAAACAGUUCAAUCAGCCUUCGCGAAAGGGAAAGAAGGCGUGGAGGAAAAAUGUUGAUGUUACCGAGGUGCAGAAGGGUCUUGAAGAAUUGAACAAGGAGAUUAUCGCUGGUGGUGUUAUCAAGGAAAAGCCCUCUGAAGACUUGUUCACUCUCGAUGUUAAGGGCGAUGCCGCUCUCCCUAAAAAGUUCAACAAGCACAUCAAGAAGGGCCUCAAGGCUGACGAGAUCAUCAAUGCCCGUUCUCCCGUGCCCGCCGUUUCCAUGCGCAAGCGACCGGGCGACAAGACAACCAACGGAAUUCUUCCUGUGAAACGCCAAAGGACUGAUUGGGUGUCACACAAGGAGCUCGCGCGACUAAAGCGAGUGGCCGAUGGAGAACAUCAGAAUACUGUCCAAGUACAAGAUGCCACCUACGAUAUCUGGGACAUGCCUGUAGAGCCACAAGCGAAGGAUCCCGAAAACUUCUUGGAAGAGGAGGUCAAGCCCAAGGCUCCUAAGACGAUGAAGAAGGAGCCCCUUUCUCUGUUGAAGAGUGGCAAGCAAGUGCCUGCUGUCCUCAAGCCUACGGGAGGAUACAGCUACAACCCUGAUUUCAACGACUACACACAACGUCUGGAAGAGGAGAGCGAGAAGGCUCUUGAAGCUGAGCGUAAACGCCUGGAGAAAGAGGAGCAGGAGCGCAUUAAGCAGGAGGCCGCGGCCCGAUCAGCGGCAGAGGCAGAGGCCGCAGAGGCUCGUGCCAACCUUUCAGAGUGGGAGGAGGAUUCCGAAUGGGAAGGAUUCCAGAGUGGCGCUGAAGAUGAUAAGCCAUCCGCCAAGCGCCCACAGAGAAAGACCCAAGCUCAGCGCAACCGCAUCAAACGCCGCAAGGAAGAGGAGCGUCUCGCGAAACACAAGGCUGCGCUCAAGGCCCACCGUCGCCAAGCCCAGCGCAUCCAGGAAAUCGCCGAGGAGAUCGAGGAAAGAGAUCGCAACAAGGCACUUGUCUUGCAAAAAGACGACGAGACCGACCCUAUUGAUGAGCUUCGUGCCGAGAAGUUGCGCCGUAAGCAGCUCGGCAAGUACAAGCUUCCUGAGCGAGAUCUUGAGCUUGUCCUCCCAGAUGAGCUCGAGAGUUCGCUGCGCCGUCUCAAGCCUGAGGGCAACAUGCUCCGGGACAGAUACCGAAGCAUGUUGGUGCGUGGCAAGGUAGAGAGCAGAAGACAUAUUGCUUUCCACAAGCAGGCGAAGCGCAAGUUUACGGAGAAGUGGACAUACAAGGACUUCAUGAUAUAA